AUGUUGCACAGCGCCUUGCCGCGAGUCUACCUGGCGACCCCAGGCCUCGGCUAUGCAAGCGGCCGCUUUCUCACAGAGGAACUGCGUCAGUCUUACAGCUAUGCCGAACAACGCCUGGAGGAUUCGUACGUAGGACUGGAUUGGUAUGGAACACCGAUGCCGCUUGAGGAGCCACGACGUGAUCCGAACCCGAGUCCCCUAGAUCUCUCUCUGAAGCCUCCGCCGACUCCGAGCACCGGUUGUGAUGAUUGCGAAGCUAUUGAAGUCGACGACGAUGAGGAUCGUCAUAGUCGCGAGGUAAUGCGACCUCACAGUUUGGAUGAACUCGACGAACCAGAGCCCACUACUGACCAUUACUAUGAUCAGCAAAUCGACUACGCCACUCAGCUGGAUGAGAGCUACCAAGAAACCCAGAGGAAGCCAUCACUUUUGAGUCCCGGUCGGUUACGAACACCUCCAACGCCACACAUUCAUGCGCCCAUGACACCGCCGAGUACACCUUCACCGCCCCAGUGUCCUAGGCGUCGAGGUCGCGAAGAGGAAGCUGGGUCCGCUGGGACGAGCCCGAGACCGGAGAAGUAUCUGGAAAAGGGUCGCGCCAAGCGUAAGCAUGCGCGCAAACUUAAGUUCGACGAGGAUACAAGCAGCCCGGUCUCCGGAACGGUGAUUCUUAGACCGGAUGAGGCAGUCGUUACAGGCGACAUUGAUCCCGCCUUUAACAUUGUCGAGGUGACGGAAGAAGCACGCGCGGAACUCGCUAAGAUCGAGAACCGGCUCGGACCCUACCAGUGCAAGCUCUGCCGGCAGCUUCACGAGGACGCCUUCCAAUUGGCUCAGCACCGCUGCUCGCGUAUUGCCCACGUAGAAUACCGUUGCCCUGAGUGUGACAAGCGCUUCUCUUGUCCAGCGAACCUCGCGAGCCAUCGUCGAUGGCACAAGCCGAGACCUGCGGCUCCGCCAACGAUGAGCACCGGCAGCUCCAGCAUUGAGGAACUUUCCUGCGCUCGCUGCGAUGCUCGGUUUGGCAAACAUGCUAAUCUAAGGAAGCAUCUUACUUCACAACACCCGGGCGAGCUUGUCGGUGAUAGCUCGGAAACUGCCUGACAACGGCUAGCCCCCGCCAAGCCAAUGCCUCUGCGCCGACCACCCGGCUUCUACUGGAGAUUUGGUCUCGACCUUAUGUGAGUGCAUAAUCAAAAACCGAUUAGUCCAUCAUCUCGCUUUCGUUGCGUGUUCCUUUGCUUGUCCUUUAAUUCUCAUCCCUAAU